AUGCUACUCGAGGCGUUAUUACCCAUCCCCUGCAUCUGGGUGACUUAUUCGAGGCUGAAGCCUCUGAGUGAGUCUCAUGAUCAAGCCUUUGCUACAUGGACCAUGUCCUUGGUACAACCAACUAUACCUCUAGAUUUAUCUGUUGAGUCUCAGCGCUCUCUGCGUUCUUCCAUCGGACCUUCAUCAAAUGCUGGCUCCGCAGCUUUAGCCGCCGAAGCCGCCAGGACGCGCCGUGAGAAGAUUAUGGCGAGAAUGUCUGGUGCACAAAGGCGUUUCAUCACUCAGCUUGGGGCCGAUGCUGCGGCCGCUUCCGCGACAAAGAACUCUUCAGAGUUAACUUGCGUUACUACUGGAGAGGCCAUUGAUCCAGAGGAGCCUUCCACUGAAUCUAUGGACUUUGAGUCAGAGUCUUUUGAAUCAUCAAGACUUCUUCGCCCGGCUGCAUUGGGUCUGAAUCGUCAAUUACCCGAAUUUAUGGUUCCUACUAAUUCUGCUGCACGUCUACCCACCACUUCUACUGUUACCUGCACUCUCUGUUUGACUAUUCUUCUAGCUGGCUACCUCUUUUUUGACACCUCCGGUAUGAAGCCAUUCUGA